UUACAAGCGGGCUGUGUGUAGAGGGCUGUGUGGAGCUGUCACCAGGGGGCACACAGACAAAGCCUGUCCCCGCUCCGAGCCCUGCUCAGCCGCCGCCUCCCUCGCUCUGAUCCGGGAGGAGCUCGGGGAGAGCCCACGGAAACUUUCCCGCAUUUUCCCGCAUUGUGUGUCCGGAUCUAGAGUCCCGGGGGCGGCUGCGUCUCCCGUCUCUCCACCGCGGCCCCCCCCUCCGGCUCUCCCCGGUGUCCUGUCAGUCCCUCCCUGGGAGUGUUGUUGUGAGCGGGGAUCUAACAUGGCGACGGUGCCUGUGUACUGCAUCUGCCGCCUGCCCUACGACGUGACCCGCUUCAUGAUCGAGUGCGACGCCUGUAAGGACUGGUUCCACGGCAGCUGUGUUGGUGUGGACGAAGAUGAAGCACCUGAUAUUGAUAUCUACCACUGUCCGAACUGUGAAAAAACCCAUGGGAAGUCUACAUUGAAAAAGAAAAGAAAUUGGCACAAGCAUGACACAGGACAGACUACAGAUGUGAAGCCAGUUCAAAAUGGAAGUCAGGUCUUCAUUAAAGAACUCCGGAGUCGAACCUUCCCAAGCGCGGAGGACGUGGUUACUAAACUGAACGGCAAUCAGCUAACGGUGGAGUAUUUUGAAGAGACCGGUUUUACAGAACCAAUUCUGGUGCCAAAGAAGGACGGUCUGGGUCUUUCGGUACCCGCUCCAACGUUCUAUGUCAGCGAUGUUGAGAAUUAUGUCGGUCCUGAGAUAGUGGUGGAUGUCACAGAUGUCACAAAGCAGAAAGACUGCAAGAUGAAGCUCAAGGAAUUUGUUGAUUAUUACUACAGCACUAAUAGGAAAAGGGUCCUCAAUGUCAUCAACUUAGAAUUCUCAGACACAAGAAUGUCCAGCUUUGUGGAAGCUCCGGAGAUUGUGAAGAAGCUCUCAUGGGUGGACAACCAUUGGCCUGAUGACGCUCUCCUAGCUAAACCAAAAGUGACUAAGUAUUGUUUGAUAUGUGUGAAAGACAGUUAUACAGACUUCCACAUAGACUCUGGAGGAGCCUCUGCCUGGUACCAUGUGCUGAAAGGGGAAAAAAUAUUUUAUCUGAUCAGACCGGCUUCAGCCAAUAUAUCUCUGUAUGAGCGCUGGCGUUCAGCGGCCAAUCACUAUGAGAUGUUCUUUGCAGAUCAAGUGGAUAAAUGUUACAAGUGCAAUGUCAAACAAGGGCAAACUCUAUUCAUUCCAUCCGGGUGGAUCUACGCAACCCUGACCCCUGUGGACUGUUUAGCAUUUUCUGGGCACUUCCUGCACAGCCUGAGCGUUGAGAUGCAGAUGAGAGCAUAUGAGGUAGAGAGGAGACUGAAGAUUAUCAGUUUAACUCAGUUUCCAAGUUACGAGACGGCUUGUUGGUACGUGGGGCGACACCUGCUUGAGAAGUUCAAAGCAUUACAUAAGUCGGGAAAACAACCAGCAUCACAUCUUGUCCAAGGGGCCAAAAUUCUGAAUGGAGCCUUUAGAUCAUGGACGAAAAAACACGCUCUCUUAGAACAUGAAGAUGAACUUCCUGAACAUUUCAAGCCAUCACAGCUCAUCAAGGAUCUCGCCAAAGAAAUACGGUUAACAGAGAAUGCAUCAAAAGUCAACAAAGCAGACAUUAGUGCCAAUGCAGUUCCCGAAGGAAACAAUAUUGUGGAGAAAGUGGAGAAAGUGGAAAAAGAAGAACCUCCCUCACCUGUGCCAGAAAUUUCGCCACCCGUGGAAAAAGUUACGAAAAAAAAGACUCCUAAGAGUGAAAAAUUACCCAAACCCCCUAAACCUCCGAAACCGCCUAAGCCACCAAAAGAAGCAAAACCCCCUAAAGGUGCCAAACCUCCCAAAACUCCUAAAACACCUAAACCUCCAAAACCACCUAAAAACAAGGAGGGCGGGAAGAAGAAGACAAAGAAGGUGAAAGAGUCACCGCCGACUUCACAGGCAACAACUCCUGACCUCGACGUUCUUGAGGCCCACACUAAAGAUGCUUUGAUUAAAGUUGACACACCAAAGAAAGGGGCAGCACCUAAAGAGGAGAUAAGUGUACCUAACAAGGAGGACACCCCUAAACAGAACAACGAGGUGGAGAAGUUUGAAAUACGGGAACAGAAUAAAAUCAAAACAGAAGCAAAGUGGAAAUAUAAGAACAGCAAGCCCGAUUCAUUGCUAAAAAUGGAAGAGGAACAUAAAACGCCAAAAAAUCCAUUUUCGGCAAUUAAGGACAGUAAAUUCAAAUUUUCAUUCUCUAGCAAGAAACUGUUCAGCCCGAAGGCAAACAAACCCCAAAACAGUCCGAGCAUCUUUGGAUCCCUGCAGAAUUUUAAAGAUGACAAAAACAAGCCAAUCCGGGAUGAAUAUGAAUAUGUCUCCGAUGACGGGGAGCUUAAAAUUGACGAGUUUCCAAUCAGAAGAAAGAAAAACACCACCAAGAGGGACUUGUCAUUUUUGUCAGAUACCAAGGACCCCCCUCCACUUGUCCCACCCAAGAAACCUAAACUUCUAGAGAAGAAGUAUAAGAGUGAUGACUCCUCAGAUGAGGGAUCGCUACACAUUGACACAGAGGCAAAACCAGCCCGAAAUUCCAAAGUGAAAAAGGACAGCACAAGUUCGGGAGGCAUCAUGGAUCUCUUACAAGCGAGUAAAGAAGUCGGUGGUUUGGAUUAUAACGCAAACAGUCAGCCACCUGCAUCCCCAAGCACUCAAGAAGCAAUACAGGGCAUGUUGUCGAUGGCAAACUUGCCUUCAGACUCCUGUCUACAGACGUCGUGGAGUACAAACCAAUCAAAAAAUAAUUCCAUAUCAGCCCAAAAUUCCAAGAAAUCAGGCAACAACAAGUGUGCAAGCAAACGGGCCAGCAAGAAAGCCACAAAGAACAACAUCACUAUGGACGACUAUGAGGAGGAGCAGGACAACCUUGGAGCCUGUUUUAAAGACUCUGAUUAUGUUUACCCAUCUCUCGAGUCAGAUGAAGAUAAUCCCGUGUUCAAAUCUCGAUCAAGGAAGAGAAAAUGUUCUGAUGAUGCUCCAUAUAGCCCCACAGCGAGAGUUGGCCCCUCCAUACCGCGACAAGACAGACCUAUUCGUGAAGGUACAAGAGUUGCCUCUAUUGAAACUGGACUUGCAGCUGCUGCAGCCAAGUUAUCCCAGCAGGAGGAACAAAAAGUGAAGAAGAAAAAGAGCACAAAAAAGAAGCUUUCACCCAACAACACAAAUAAACUUUGUCAGGAAAGCAGUUCUCCUGAAGCCACAAAGCUGGAAUCUCUGGACACUAGUCUAACAGACCACGAGUACACAGCCGGUGUCAGCACGUUUGGCGUAGCCCAAGUAAACAGAGGGUCUCAACCUAUGGCCCCCGGGGUGUUCCUCACACAAAGGAGACCGUCUGUGUCUUCCCAAAAUAACUCAGCUGCCAAAGGUAAACGUACAAAAAAAGGCAUGGCAACAGCUAAGCAGAGGCUUGGGAAGAUCCUGAAAAUCCAUCGGAAUGGAAAACUUCUCCUUUAGUGUUUGUAGAGACAAGACUUUUUCUUUGUGGCUCGGCGACCUGUGAGCUGACACUAAAUCUUGAACUCUCAAAAGACUGCAGUGGCGCUCUACAAAUGUGCUUGGAGGACCCCACCCCACUCUACCUUCCUGCCACCACUUUAGUAAUUCUUUUUAACUUCCAGCAGUUGACAUGUACAGAAUACUGCUAAUAUUUUUAAUAAUAAUAAUAAUGUCCUUUCUCAAAUUGCUGAGAGUGACUAGUUUGCAGGAAAGAAGAAAACAAACAAAAAAAAAAUAGGACCAUUCCAGUCUUAGGAAAGAACCCGUUUAAACUUUUAAACUUGGUCAGUGAGAGAAACACAAAAUGCAUUGCUUCAUUUGUUUCUUUUAGCCGCAUUACAGACAUGUACUGUACGGCACAAAAACUCGUACAACACAAUAUCUGGUCAGGAAUCAUGUCACUUGUACUCCAACCAUCCUGAACUUAGGAAAAUGUUUUGUGUGCUUUGUAUCAUUGCAUUGUAAUCUUGAUUCAGGUGAGCUGGUCCGUUAUUGUCCAGGUCUUCAUUUAGUGAGGAUUGGUGGCUAUAUUAUACCUACGUGGCCCGAAACAACUAAGGAAACACCACUCAUUACCCCUUGCCAGCAAUCCUCAACAAACCAUUUGGCAUUUAUUAUUUGAUCUGUACUUUUUGCCGAAAAAAUAUAUUACAUAGCUUCCCUUUUCGCAAGUCUCUGUAGUUUCAGAACAGAUUGCAUUCAGUAUAAUAUUAAGGGUUGAUGCACCUCUGAUAUACAUCUACAGAACUGUGCAAAAGGGUUAUUCAUUUAAACCCAUUGCGGUAAGAUCAAUUUGGGAAAGGAUCUUUUUAAUACAACCAAUAAUAACCAGGAUUUCUUGCUGGACAAAUCUGGUGUUACGGUGCUGUUGGUGCUUUACACCAGAUGGAUUUUAUUUCCUAGUCUCCAGAACCUCAACAUUGUUCCAUCACUGGCUUCUUAACAUGUUUGAGGCCAUAAUUUUAUUUUGUAUUCAAUUUUUUUUUUUAUUGUGCUUAAUUACAGUGCUAGAGUCUAAUCAAUUGCACAUCAAGGCACUCCACAGAACCCAUUAUUGCACUUAAAGUUUUAUUUAAUAAAAGAAAAAUAUACCCAUUUAAAUGAUAUCUGCAAUAAUACCAAUGCAAUCAGGAGAGUGUGCACUUAUACAGUAGAUGGUUCCAACACUGCCUGUAAACGUUUUUCUCUAUAAAGAUGAAACUAAUUGGGUCAUGAAUUAAAGGGAGAUGUAAGUGAGCCUCUGGCUGGCAGGGUAUGAUGCGAUUGCAGUUCUUUAGUCAGAGAACCAUAGUUUGCUUAGGCUUGUUUUAACUUAUUAUUGUAAAACAUUGUGAGCAGUUGAACUUUUGAAAUGAUAUAGUCUUUGAAUUGUUACAGACUGCCGUUGCAUUUUCUUAUACUUAAAUGAGAUUUCUUCAACAAAACUAUCCAAGAAUAGACAAGGACAAUGGCAAGGUCAAACAAGGGACUCUUCUCCACUCCUCUAUCAACCACUCCCAGCAUUAUGCAAAUGCCAUCAUAAUGGCUGCUAUUACUUAUUUGCAAGCUAUUUACAUCCAAUGAUGGUUCUAAGGUCUGCCACAUCCUGCAGGGACCAUGCAAAAAUGCAUCAAUUCCCAAAUAUUUUGUUUGGCAUAGACUACCAGAGAGAUCAUUUAGUUCCUUCUUGGUUGUUGGGUGAGUGAAAGAUAUUUGUACCUGAAACACAAGUUUCUUUGGUGCAGACUUCUUGCAUGUUCGAUGGCCCUUAACAACCAAUCAGGUUUUAGUGGUCAUUGUUUAAUAUGGAUUACAGCUAACACUUGCUAUGUGUGCCAUGUAGCUCCUGUUUAACAUACCUGUUGGGUCUGCACCAUCUAUGGUAUCAAAGAUGCCCAAAUUCAGUCAAAAGUUUUGAGAAUAGCACUUAGCUGCUUAAAGACAAUUGCUUCCAAGCACUAAUAAUAAGCCAUCCCUAUUCUAUGUUGUGACAAUAUAUAUAUAUAUAUAUAUAUAUAUAUAUAGUCACAACUUGUAUAUACACACAAACUGCCUUUUUAUCCCCGUAUCCAUAAUGUAAGCUCCAUCAGAAACAUCAAUGGGUGCUCAUAGUGUAACUGAACAUACCACCUUUUUUUUUUUUUACCAUUGCGGCUGCACAAGACCCCAGUAUUUAAAUCAUAAGAAGGUGUUGUGUUUUGACAAUGUACCUGGGUUCGUUAGUUUCCAGCAAUUAGUGUUUAGUGUAGGAAUGACUAGUCUGCACGUCGACACUUACAAGGAGACUCCAUUGUUUCUCAGGCAAUACCUUACUUUUAAGUUCUCUGUACUAUGUGUUUGCUAAGGCAUAUUUUUUCAUAGAAUGUAGCUUGUAAAUAGCUUUUUAAUCCUUUUUUUCUACGCGAUCAAAUACAGUAUCUUAAGAAUUUUUUUUUUACUAUAGAUAACUUCAGUUUGCGUUUAUGCAGAAUUCUACCCAGUAUAAUAAACUUUGUUUUAUUUUUUA